GAGAGCCAAAGCCGAUUAGCCAAAUUAGCGGAGAAAUGUAUACACGCCUUUCAUCACUGGCCCUCCGGCACCACCGCCAUAACCAUAACAAUUCUGUCCUUCUAUUAUCCUCACUCAUCUCUCUCCGCCACUGCUCUUCUCCUCCUACAAACCCCGAACCACCUCAAACCCUAGCCUCCCUCCGCCAUCGCCUUGCCGUUGAAUCCCCCUCCCUUUCAGACUUUGUCCGCCUCCAGACUUCCGAUGAUUAUUCCGUCGAGGUAGGAACCAAGAAGAAGCCUCUCUCUAAGCCCAAAUGGAUGAAGGAGUCUAUCCCGGGCGGUGCCAAAUAUACCCAGAUCAAGAAAAAGCUCCGCCAAUUGAACCUCCACACGGUCUGCGAAGAGGCCCGCUGCCCCAACAUGGGCGAGUGCUGGUCCGGUGGCGAGACCGGCACUGCCACUGCGACCAUCAUGAUCUUGGGUGACACCUGCACUCGUGGAUGCAGAUUCUGCAACGUCAAGACAUCACGAACCCCUCCCCCUCCUGAUCCAGAUGAACCCUCCAAGGUUGCUGAGGCUAUUGCAUCCUGGGGUCUGGAUUAUGUUGUGAUUACAAGUGUUGAUCGUGAUGAUUUACCUGAUCAAGGGAGUGGUCAUUUUGCUGAGACGGUGCAGAAAUUGAAGAUUCUGAAGCCCAAUAUGCUGAUUGAAGCCCUUGUUCCUGACUUCCGAGGAGACCCUGGCUGUGUGGAAAAAGUUUCUAAAUCUGGAUUAGAUGUUUUUGCUCACAAUAUUGAGACGGUUGAAGAGCUUCAAAGUGCAGUUCGGGACCAUCGUGCUAAUUUCAAGCAAUCUUUGGAAGUUUUAAAGUUAGCCAAAGAAUAUGCUGAUGCCGGUACACUAACCAAGACAUCAAUAAUGUUGGGAUGUGGGGAAACACCUGAUCAAGUAGUGAGAACUAUGGAAAAGGUCAGGGCUGCAGGUGUUGAUGUCAUGACCUUUGGUCAGUAUAUGAGACCGUCAAAGCGUCAUAUGCCUGUGUCUGAGUACAUUACUCCUGAGGCUUUUGAGAAAUAUCGAAUACUUGGCAUGGAUAUGGGAUUUCGGUACGUGGCCUCAGGACCCAUGGUGAGGUCUUCAUACAAGGCGGGUGAAUUCUACAUCAAGUCCAUGAUUGACGCAGAUCGGGCCAUGUCCUGGGCGUCAUCAUCUCCUUCACCCCUCCCUGCUGCCUGAAUAAAAAGAGAGGUUCUUUAAUAAUAUCGCGGCUUAUCCACCUGUCUUUGACUCUUUUAUUUAUUGUUUUACUUUCAUCUGCUCAUCCACCUGUAUAUUCAACUCAAUUUGUUCUCAGAUGUUGUUCAGUAGCUAUUUUAUUGGAGAUCUUCGGUUUUUAGAUCUCUGCCAUCCCCGUCUCUAUAUAAUAAAUCUGAACCAACAUGGGGUUUGUUUC